UCCACUUCAGGAACUCAAUCAGCAAUGAAAAUAUUUUGCAUUUUCCUGAUUGUUAUUUUCACUGUGUCUUGUGGUCCAUCAGAUCCUCAGAAAAGAACAAGAGAAGUUAUUGAGAGAAAAAGGCAAUGUUACCUGGUUCGUGGUUCUUGCAAGUCUGAGUGUAACACAUGGGAAUAUGUCUACAAUCAAUGUGACACUGAGCCCUGCUGUGUGGUGCGUGAAUACCAAAAGCCAGCCAUGAGAAUUCUGAAAACUACAACCUCUUCACCUGUGGAUUACAACUUGAGUGCAUCAUGAAA